AUGUUCAAACUCAAAUGGAUGCGGAACUUUUGUCUUUCGUUGUUCGCAGUUGUAGGGGUGCUACAAAUCCGUCAGACAAUAGUGACAAGCGAUGAUAUUACGCAUUCAAGAGCAACAAGGUCCGCUUCAUUUUCUCAGGAGGUUACGGAAAUCAAACAGAUUAGGAUACGGUAAGUGGUAUUAAAUUGUGAUUCCUCAUCAUUUUGUUUUCCAAAUUAUUUAGAACAGUCAAAGAUGGGGAAUACUGCAUAGCUGCCAAUAUUGUGCAAGGAUCCCUGAAUGAAACUGACCGGAUAACGUUGGUGUUGCAUCUCUCAAGUGAUCGCUUGAACACGCAUAAAUUAAUGGAACACGUAAGAGAGCUCUGAAACAAUUUGAACGGAUGAUUUAGACUCAAAAUUGGGAUGGGCCGAUCUCAUUAUCAGUCGUCUUUCCGGAGAAUAUGCAACUCAACGCCAGUGAUGUUAGAUGCGCAAUUAGCAAGGUAAAUAUGAGUGAUAUCGAUUGAUGCAAUCCUGUUGUUAGCUUCAAAGUCUUAUGAAAUCUGAUAGAAACGCACAAGAGAAACUGAGUGCUCAUUUUAUUCUGAAGAAUGUGACUUGCGAAGACUUCGUUGAGCCCGAUCUGACAAGAGAAAAGAAGCUGGCGAACUGUCAGAUAAGACAAAAGAGCAUGACUUCGGAAGAAAAGGCAAGGAACAUGUUGAAAUACCCAGUUAACAAAGCUAGGAAUACUGCGAGAAAGGUAUGUUUUCAAAAACAAUUGAUAUUAAUCUUGAUUUCAGUUCGUUUCUACGGAUUACAUCCUCUCCGCGGACAUGGAUCACUUUUUUUCCAAGAAUUUCGAACCCAAGAUGAGAAAGCUGGCCAAAGAAGUUCUCUCUGAGAAUAACAAGACUGUUCUUGUUUAUCGGAUAUUCGAGAUCGAUGGGUCUGUCAAAACGCAUCCACAGACUAAAGAAGAUCUACACAGAUUGUUCUUGACCUACAAAGCACAAGAAUUCCAUAAAUAUUAUGGUGCACAUAAUAUUCCCAAAUUAUAUGAAUGGUUCAAAUCUGACGAGAAGACAGAUCAGACCAGUGUCCAGUUCUACAAACCGUAAGCUGAAAUUGAAAUUGUUUUAUUUGUUGUUUUAGGUAUACGUCCAACUCAUGGGAGCCUCAAUUCGUCUCCACAAAUAAAAUUCCCUUCCAUGACGAGACUUUCAAAUAUCCGCAGAGAGAUAAUACUGUCUUGGUAUGUUACUGGUUAUAAUACAAUAUUUGUUUUUAGAGGUGGGAAAUGUGUCGGGCAGGCUACAAAUUUGCCAUCGUUGAUGACGUCUACAUGUAUCACCUCGGAUUCAAAGAGCCCAGUGAAUUAAAACUCACAAACAGAGCUCGACAAAUCUUCAGGAAGCAAUUCUAUGGAAUCAUCAAGAACUUUAACAAACGGAUAGACAGGCAAUAUCCGUCGACAAAACACAAAUGCCCCAACUUUGAUUACUAGUCAGUCUUUUUAUGCCUUCAGUCUAAGAGUAAUCGCAAUGAUUGCUCUCUAAUUCAUAGCUCUCAAAGUGCAAUUUUAGUUUAUUUGGACGAAUGCUGUCUAAAAAUUUACAUUUUUUGUAAAAAUUAACGGUUUUUUUUUCAGUUCGGUCUAG